ACUGCCUACAGUGUCGGCUAUGUCACCGCUACCACGCCUUUCGUAAUUCCGCCGCUUUCCGUGCAAUGCGCCCUCCUCAACGCAUCGCGGUGGCCAACGCGCAAGGGUACUGCAGCAACUGUUUGGCGCUAACCCACGUCACGGAAGAGUGUGACUCCCGGGGAAAGUGCAGACGAUGCAAAAAGGCGCAUCAUACUAUGCUGCAUCCACCAGAGUCGCAAUAUAGCGAGUCAGCGACAACAACAGCACCCGCAGCAAUCAACAAGAAGGCGAAGAAGAAGCAGCAACAAAGGCAGCGUGCCACACAACAACUUGCUGCCCAACAACGUGCCACCCAACAGCGUGCCGCCCAACAACGUGCUGCCCAACAACGUGCCGCCCAACAACGUGCCACCCAACAACGUGCCACCCAACAACGUGCCACCCAACAACGUGCCACCCAACAAAGUGCCACGCAGCAGCGGGACACAAGAAAAGGCACUCAUAAAAGGUUGCGGUCGAUAGCGCACACCACCACCGGGCUGCAAACUAAAGCGUUCCGAAAUCAGACUACCAAGGGCGCUAUAGGUGAAACCAUCCGCGCCUUGCAAAGCUGCAGAACGCACUAG